GCAACUUUUCGAAAUUUCAGCGAGUUUAACAUUACAAUGGAUACAGAUGAAUCCUCGUGGUAAUUAUUUCGCAAUGAAUUUAACUCUAAGCCUACCCUAACUAAAGUAUUUGCAUAAAGUGAACAGUAAAUAGCAGGCGGUGGACGUUAUCACGUCAAUGUUGUAGACACGGAAAUUUUCAGAAUAUUGUUAAUAAUGGAUUUAUUCAUGUACGCUUUGGGAUUAAUCUGUUUGCUUAGCACUGUUGCGUUGAAAACCGAACAGGCGUCAAAUAACAAAAAGGCGACUGUUAAACGCAAAGUCGUUUACGACGAAACGUUUGUUCGUACAUUGAAUUACAUACCGUCCGUUCGAAAUCUCGUUAAGCAAGUGUUUGACGAUAACGACGUGAAAUAUUUGUCGGGAAAUGGGAUUUUCUUGAACGAAGAGGUGGAAAUAAAAUUGGAAAUCAAGAUGUUGUCGUUGAAGUGCAUUUAUGGGCGAGUCGUCGACGCGAUGAUUGAUCAUUUGACCAACGUGGUGCUAGACGGACCCGACGGCCGGUACUUUGGUGAAACCGACCUAUUGGUGAACAAAUAUAAAACCGCGAUGACCAAAAUGUUAUCGGCCCUGUACCUGGGAAAAACCGUUGCCGACCAAUGGAUGUGGGAGGUGCACGCUUGGCUGAGACGUUUGUCUCCGGACAAGCCAUCGAAACCCGAGUUCUUAUCCGAGAAGUUUUUCGAACAAAGACUCAAAACCAAAGUGGACCCGUUCGUCAACAGCUGCUCUCUGUCGGACGACAUGGGUCCGGCCGUACCCCUUUGGGUAGCCGACAAGAUGUAUUUCACGGUGGACGGUUUGGAUUUGUUCGACGACCAAAGGCUGUUACCUAUGUACAGACUUAGCGAUAAAUUCCCGAUGUUCCGGCUGUUCCUGGGAGACCUGUCGUACAACACUAACACGCUGUUCAAACCUUUGAAUGGAAUCAAUUGGAAAAACGCUGAGAAAACCAUGACGGCCCAGUUGGCGGUCCUGCAAAGUAAAUGGACUACCGAACCUUACUUGUUCGACGGGUACCACGGUAUCGUCAAGAAAACCAUAGAAGCCACUUCGUUGUAUUACACUCUGAUACAUUUCAUGGCGUUCAAAGCCGACAAAAAGUCAACCAGCGCGGGCUCACUCGCGGUCCAGCCGACGGGCACAUCGUCGUGGGGCCAAAUUUUUGAACCCUUAACGAGUUCCGUUAAUAUUUUGGCUUUGGAGAACGAUGAUUUCUACAAGAAGCUAAUGUCGUAUCAGUGCGAUCCCGCUAAAAGUGUCGGAAAGCAUGGCACGUUCGACGACUGUGUGAAGAGUUUGAGAAAUAAAUUAAACAAAACUCUUAAGUCGAUUGGAGUGACGAGUUUGAAAAAGAAACAUUUGACAGAUUCCGUCAAAGUUUUGCUGUCUAAAGGGAACGUGAAAGAAAACACCGACAGUUUUGUCAGCUACACGGCAAGUAUUCGGACGGCUAUGAAUCCCAUUGAUUUCCAUGUCGUUGAUUACUUCAAAUCGAGUCAAACGGAAAAUUGGAACGACAAACUAAUUCAGUAUUUCAAAACUCCGUUUAAAAAAGAAAUUCAAUAAUUUGUUUUUGUAAUAUCACGCCGUACUUAUCGCAACAAAAUUAUACUACAGUCGAAUACUAAUUUUAAGAUACUAUUUAUAAAAAUUAUUGACGCAUUUUAAAAUGUCUACUUAGACUUCAACUUUUCCUAAAAAAAAAAAACAAUGGUCGGAUUGAUUCUAAAUUAGGAAUGAUUAGAAAUUGUACGUGCUUCUGUUAUGCAAUAGCCUUAAACCAAAAUGUUGUCCUUAGUCUAUUGAACUCUCUGGCAUACAUUUUUAAACUCAAAUUCCAAUUACUGUUUCCUCUCUUUAUCAAAAAUACACACAAAAGAAAAUAUAUUUUAAGUCACCUAGACAUGAAUAUAUAAAUUAAUUUCUUUACAUUUUAACGCCGGUCGACUAUUAUCGGUAUUUUGUUUUUAAGUAUUAGUUUUCCGUUAUGUUUAUUGUUUUUUAUUAUUGUGUGUGAUAUAAACAAUGAUUUAUUGUUUCUGUCAGUGUCGGAGCAAAUAACAAUGUCUGUCUGUAUUCAAGCCAAAUUAAUUCAUUAGCGCGUCUGUUGCAUUUCAUCUGUGAUCUGUCUGUUGUGUAAUUCAUCGGUAAUCUUUUUUUAUUUAUUUAACGUUUUUUCUUCUUUUCUCAAGCGCAUUUCCACAAUAUUGUUAUUGCGUACUGCGACUGAUAGAAAUUAUUAUUACCGUCUCGGUCGCAAUACUAUAAGCUAAAUUAUUGGUUUCUAUUUUAACCGUUGAUCUGUCCAUUACUAACGCGAUAAUUGGAUCACAUAAAUCUUUUUGGAAUAGAAAAUUAUCGUAUAUUAUAUACAUUUAUAUAUUUACUGAGGUCCAUGCUUAAAUGGCGGGGGGAUGCUCUGAAGUAUCUUGUGAGAUAAUAAUUGAAGUAUAGUCAGGCUUAUUUAUAUUAUCCAACAGUUUCUACGCAAAAUGCUGACUUAAUAGCACUUCAUAGCACUUAAUUUUUCCCACCAUAUUAUAUGAGUUAUAUGACUUAAUAUUUAUCAUCAAACCUCAAAUUAAAAAUAAUACUAAUAAAUUACCUGUUCAAACUAAGAGAUUUCGAGAGACAAGGUUUAAUAAAGAGAUGUACAUUUUUAGAAUUUGUUCUGGAUAAAAUGUUAAUAUAAUGUGUUUUACGCUUUAACAAUAUUCCUAGUAAAAUGAAUAAAUUCACGAAAACUGGCGCUUGCUCCAUACUCCGCCUGUUAGCAGUGAUCCUCAAUUUGUAAAACCUUUAAUACAAAGCCCGUGCUUUUUGUAUUUCUAUGCUUUUUUAUAAUCCCUAAUAAGAUUUUAUCGCUAGGUGCGCUAUAGUCAAGUACCAGUUUUGUUUAAAGAUAAUAUAAAUGAGAAAAAGGAAGUAAAUGCUUUGAGAAGCCGGUUAAAGUCAAUAUUUUGCGGAGAAAUAUUGGAAGUAUUUUUAUUUAUGAGCAUUUAUUUGCAGUCGGAUGGAAGAUUGAGGCCUUAAAUAAUUCAUUCGAACUAUUUUUAAGAACAGGUCUAAUUAAAUUAUAUGCAUUGAAAUUUGAAAGGGUUAUUAUUAAUAUUUAACUAAAAAGAGUGCUGUUGAAGUAAAAUCAAUCGUGAUCAUAAUAAAAAGCUGAAUUUAAAAUAAUAAAUUUUAUCAUAAGCAUGAUUAAUUUCUCAAAAAAAAAAAAUGUUUCUUAUUAUGAAUAUAUAUCCAAUCAAUAUUAUAAAUAUUUAUAGGUAUUAAAUAUUAAUCUUUAGAAGGUAGCUACCGCCGAGUUAAAAUUGUAUGAGCCUUAUCUUCUCAUACACUAUGAGCCAUAUUAAUGUACAUUAAUUAAAUUUUUUAACCGAAAAAUAUAUUUUUCCUUGUCUAACA